AUGGAUCAGCAGAACAUUUCCAUGCAGGAUCCAAGUUCGCCCUUCCCCUUGAAUACCACAUCAUGCCCGCCUCUUACGGAGUGGAUGUCACCCCAUGUCGCGUGCUACUAUCCCUAUGUCAACGGAACAAGCAGCGCAGAAACAAGUUGUGGUCAUGCGCGCAUGACGGACCUGCAGCAGGACACGCAAGCUCCAUGCCAACUCCAUCUUCCAGUCACUGGUGAGUGUCAACAGAGCCUCGUCAAUCUUGCCGAUCCAUACGUCAACAUUUCAGAGAAUGUGUACAUAUCAGGGCAUGCACAUCAAGACUUCCUGUCUGCUUCCCAGAGCGACAUGCUACCAGCAUACAACGAUGCUUGCAGACAGGACGCGUGGGGCCAGCAUGUCUGGAGAGAGGGAGACGAGACUUGUCACAAUGGCACAACUCCGGGAGAUCUGACGCCUGCAGGUCAUCCGACCACCUCAGCAGGAGGACUCAGCUGCGACAGACCGUCGUACGGUCAAGUGGUCUUAAUGCCCUGCGGCCUAGACGAUGGGGCGCGGCUGAGCUACGCGGGGGUAGCCAUGCUGGGCCCGCCGAGCUCUCUUCCAGCAGACGUCCAGCAGAAUGCGACGGAUGUGGUAGCACAAGACUUGCAGACAGAUCAGACCUUCAGCUACCUCCCAGCCAGACAAGCAUUCUCACAAAUGCCUGAGGAACAUCCUCGAGAAUCGUCAGAUGAAGAGCUGGCAGGGUUCUCUGCCGCGAUGGUCUUGAAUGGCGACAUCUCAGGCUCCACAAGGAGAGAAGAGGAGUCGCGAAAAUUGGAGGAGGCGGCUGGAGGAGAGGAGGCGGAUGGAGGCCCCAUAGUGAUAGUCUGCGCUCGGAAGGGCAGUUUGACUGGAAAGAACAAAGUGGAGAUCAGCUACGAGACUCUGUCUAGUCACUUCGAUCAGAGCAUGCAGGAGGCCUCGAAGAAGCUGUACAGGUGGACUUCGAUCUGUCUGACAUCGAGUUGGAUGAACCGGGAGACCAGCCUCCGAGCCGAGAUGAACUCUGAGACCUCGAGGCUUCACAAGGUUGAAGAGAAGGGGCAGCAGAGUCUGCAAGAGCUACAGAAAGAGCAUGCAAGAAGGAAGGAGGCGUUUGAUCAGCUGCUCGAGAAGUAUUCCAACACUGAGAAGCGGCUGGACGAGGAGAUUGAGAAGAACAAGAAGCUGAAGAAGAAGGCGGAGGAGCUGGAGAAGAGUGCGCUUGCCAUGAGCAAGGAAUACGAUCUGAUGAAAGAUGAGAUGCUCAAGUCGACGGCCAAGGACAGGAACCUUGCGACGCUGGAAGCCGCGCUGCAUGAAGCGCGCGAGCAUGCGAAAACCUCCAAGAGCGCCUUGUCGGUGUUGGAGCAGGAGUUGUUCAGCACCGCAGAGAAGAUGAAGGAGACGAAUGCAAAGUGUCAAAGACUUGAAGAUGAUGUCAGAAGCAAGCAGGAGAGGGCGAGGAAGUCUGAGGAAGAAGGGAGGAAGCUUACGAUUCAGGUCAAGAAGUAUGAGCAGGACCUGGCGAUGUUCCGUGGCAGGGUGGAGGCGCUGGAAGGAGACAAGUUGCGAUACGAGAAGGAGAUGUCUGUGAUGCAAGAUAAAAUGUCAGUGUUGCAGUCAGAGAAGAACAGUCUCAGCCAGAGCCUUGAGACCUUGCAGAGAUCCAAGGACGACAGCUUCAAUGUGAUAGGGGAUCUGAACAAACAGCUGCAGCAGGUGAAGAGCGAGAGUUUAUCACUACAAAAUGCGAUGAAGAAGUUGAGGGAAGAAGAGCUUGUUCCAACACAGCAGACGUGCACGAAGCUUGAGGCGAUGUUGAUACAUACCAGAAGCACACUGGAGGGAAAGGUAUCCGGGCUAGAGAGGGAGGGAGAGGCGUUGAAAGUAGAGUUGGAGAGGACAAAGAAAGAUUUAGGUGAGAGGACUGGGCAGCUGAUACAGUCAGAGCAAGAAGUGAAGGGACGAGACGCUGUCAUCGCCUCACAAGCGCAGGAGCUGAGUGCUCUGACGGAAAGGAUGCAAUUUGCCGACAAGAAGAUGAAGGAGGACGAGGAGAAGAUUAAGGGGCUGACGGAGACCUUGCAAAAUUUGAGCUCGGACAGUCGAGAUAGUCAAGACCAGAAUCUGAAGUUGCAAGCAAUGUUGGCGGAGAAGACCGAAGCACUGGGCAAGUUGCUUGAGGAACAGAAGAAAGACAAGGAAGAGAAGGAGCGAUUGAGACAGCAGGCGGAGGAGAGCGCGAAGGAGCUAGCGAGGUCGAGGAGUGAAUUAGACAAGGCGAACAUGGCGACUGAGAGCUCGAGGAAGCGAGUGAGAGAGCUUGAGGCCGAGGUGGACAGGGCUGGGAAGGAGGAGAAGGCGCGGAGGGAGCAGGAGGAGAGGAGGAGGCAGGAGCAGGAGAAGUUGAUCAAGUCCCUACAAGAGGAGAAGUCGGCUAUUGAGAAGCGAGCCGCUGACCUCGGACGAACUGUAGAAGAAAUGUCAAGGGAGAAGAAGGAGAUGGUGGGCUCCUUGAAGCGGCAGGAGGAGCAGAUCGAGAGUCUGCAAGCAGAGAAGAGGAGGAGAGAGGAGGAGGAGGAUCACUGCAGAAGGAAACUGCAGGAGGAGCUGGACAGGGCAACGCAGAUGUCAAGGGAGCAGAAGGAGAAGAUAGAGGAGCUAGAGCAUGGAGUUUGCUCGGGCCAGAGUGAGAAGAUGAAGAUCGAGACUAAGCUGGCAAGCGUUCAGGAUGAACAUAGCAAGAUGGUCAAGGACAUUCGUUACCUGCAGGAGGAGAAUCGCUCGCUGGCGGAGAAAGUCACCUUUCUGAUGGAGAAGACGAAGGGGAUAGAGGAGGAGCUGCGAGCAACUAAGGAAGAGAAGACGAGGGAAGGGAAGCAGUUUUCCUCCGAGAUCGCCAGGAUCAGCGCACAAUUGCAGCAGGAGCGGGAGGGAGGGGCUGACGUGUGCUGGGGCAAGACGAGGAGGUUUGAGAAGGAGCUGAGCAGCGCCGAGGGCUGGCUGAAGGAGAAGGAUGCCAAGCUGAAGGAGGCGGAGAAGGCGCAGGAGGGCUUGAGGUCAGAGAUGGAGAGGAUGCGGGAGGUCUGCGGCAAGGUGGAGCAGCUGGAGAAGCUGGUGAAGGUGUUUGCAUCCUCCCUGCGGUCCUGA